UAAUAUACACACUGUGGGGAUUAUAAUACAAAACCCUUAGUCUCCCAAGCCGGGAAUCGAUCCCACGACCUCUUGCUUGCGCCUGCUGUCUCCCGAUCUACGAGCAAAGUAAGCCCAAAGUAAGCCCAAAAGUAAGCCCACUCCAGCCAAUCGCAGCGCGCCCUCUGCCGGCGCUCGGCCAAUCACCUGCCCCCGCUGGUGGGCUUACAUUUGACCAAUCGCCUUCCAGCACCCGGAUCCCUCAUAAGCGCUCGGAGGAAGACGCUCCGCAGUCAUCUUUACGUUGACAACUGUCUGCACUACUUUGACGAGCGAUCAUGUAUGCGUAUCCCGUGUUCCGUAAAACUCCUCAGGGUCGACUCCUGAUGGGGCCGACUGAGGAGGCAAAUAGGAGUACGGUGGUGGUGGCCGGGAGGGCCCGGCGUAAGGAGGAGGUUCUGGCCGAGGCCACUGCCUUUGUGAGGCAGAACGGAGGGGAUCCUGGUGACCAGUUCCUGGUUCUGGCUCAUUGUAAGAUCCAGUUUGGAAAACACCAGAACCAGAGGUUCCGCUGGCUGCUGGAGAACUCCCUGGGUUACGCGGUGUACCUGGUCAGCAGCAUCAUGGGGGAGGAGGAGAGGGACAACCCCCUGUCGGCCAGCAAACACCUGUUUCUCAGGUACACCUCCCAGAUCAGGGAGAUAGGGGAGGCUGUGGAGGUGUAUCGGAAGAAACAGGCCUUGCUCCAGGAGGCCCAGAGGAGCGGUGACUCUGGGUGUUUGAUGGUGGAGUUUGGCGACUUCAAGGGCAGGUCCAUGAAGGAGGUGUAUGAGGACCCAGGCAAGGAGGCCCAGGCUCUCGUCACCUACCUGAAGACAGCAAAGGCAAGGCCCAACACCAACAUGGCCCUUUUCAAGGACUAUGUGCUGAAGAGGCAGGCUUCAGCUGUAGCCCACCUGCCCACUGUGACAGCUCCUUCCUCCUCUUCCUCGUCCUCCUCCUCCUCCGCUGCUGCUCCACCUGCUGCUGCUCGACCUGCUGCCACUCAGAGCAGGCCCCUGACGGCUGCCGGCGUUAACGCUCUGCUGGCACGUGGGAAGCAUUUGUCUCCCUCACAGUUGGCACGAAAAAUUGUUUCUCCAGCCAAACCCUCUCCAGUGCCACGUGUCCCCUCUCCGUCUACAUCCGCUGCCCGCAGACAGCUCUUUAACUGUGACGCUGUUGGUGCUGCUGGGGAUUUUUUUAAGGAGCAAGACGACCAGGAGAUGGUGACUGUGGCCUCGCAAGCUGAGGAAAAACUACCUCAAGCCUCAAGAGGCCCUGCUCCUCCUGCUCCUGCUGCUCCUGCUCCUGCUCUUGCUCCUCCAGCGCUGUGGACUCCUGGCCCCGUGUUCCAGCCCCCUGCAGAGCUUCCUGGACACUGGAAGGAGCAUCUUCCAUCUUUCCAGCAGGACUGGAUCCGGAAGGCUUUAUUCAGGGCUAACCCUAAAACAGGGAAGCCAGAGCUGGUGCCACAGCUCACCUUCUGGUGGUACCCUCCCCAGCCUCCGACCACCUUCACCCAGCCUCCUGCCUCUCCUGAUCUCUUCUUCUGCCGCCCUUUGUUUCUCUGGAUGCCUCUGAAGAUGUGGUCCAUUCCACUCAUCUGUGUCCAGCCAGCUUGCAAUAGUCACAGGCUGACUGCAGCUGGCCUGUACAGCACUGUGCGCAAGGUGCUGGACAUAGAUGGGUGGUAUGAUAUGGCCACAGAGUAUCUAGAGUGCAAAGGGUGUAAGAAGAAGUAUCCGGCCUGGUCAGAGGACAUCCUGGGACAGCUGGACAUGGGACACCGCAGGAAAUUCCCCGCCCUUCUGACAUACAGGUACUCAUGCGACUACAGAGUGGUCAUCCUGAUGCGGGAGAGAACUCAGGGCAACAGCGUCACGCAGCUUCACAAGAAGCUGCAAGAGGAGCACAGCGCAGCAUGGACCCGCCGCACGCUGGAGUACUUUGCUGCCUGUGAGCCCUUCACUGACUCCUGUCUGGUCGAGCCGCCUGUGUUCUCUGCCCCCCCGCCCCUCCCGGCCCUCCCUAAACCCAAGUGGCUUCUGGCUGUGUACGCCAGGGACGUCCUGUCACGGCUGCCUGAGGUAAAGGCCAGAAUAACCUCUGUGUUUGGCUCCGUGCUCAAGAUGGACUCCACCAAAAAGGUUACCAAGAAACUGGCGGGUGCAGCUGCCAACACAGCUGGGUGGUGCACCAAUGUGGGCAAUGAGCACGGCCAGGUUCUGGUGUCAGUCCUGACAGCAGCAGAGGGUCAUGGACUGUGGCCCAUGGCGGCUGGUCUUAUGAGGCGCUACAGGGAGGCAGGAGUGGCACCUCCUGCCAUAAUGUAUGUGGACCGGGACUGCUGCAGCCCCCACGGACAGUCACAGGUCAGGGCUAUGUUCGCUGAGUGGAGAGAGCUUCAGGUGCGCCUGGACAUCUGGCACUUCAUGCGGCGUUUUGCAGCUGGAGUCACCACUGAGGCUCAUCAGCUAUAUGGAGUAUUCAUGGCUGGACUGUCCAGGUGCAUCUUUGAGCUGGAUCCAGCAGAUGUUGCUGCUCUUAGGCUGGCCAAGCAGGGGCAGCUUCUGGCCCAGGGAGUUGGUCCAGUCUCUGAGAAGGCCCUGGACCAGAUGAUCACCAGGAGGGAGUUGGCUCUUCAUUGCCGCAAGAGGACCAGGGGAGCAGAGGAGACAGCCAGGAGGAUCAAGGCCCUGGUCGAUGAGAUGGACAGUGAGAAGGGCAGGGACACUCUUGGAGUGCCCCUGGUGGACCACGAGCGCAUUCAGCAGGUCUGGAAGGACCAGCAGAGACACAUCACCUGUAUUCAGGACCCAGAGGGCUUCUCUCUGUACCUGAAGACAGGGACACUGAAAAAAGGUGGUGUGGACCUCUGCUGCUACCGCUGUGCUCGUGGCUCCACCUCCUUGGAGUCCUUCCACCUCCAUCUAAAUCGCUUCAUCCCAGGGACCAGUGCCAGCGACGCCCACUUCCAGGCCUACCUUCUGGAGGGUCUGAUGCGCUGGAACCAGGACCGCAUGGAGGAAGCUGUGAGAGGAAGCUGUGAGCUGAGGAUUUACAGCAGCGCUGAGAGGGAGGCCAUGGACCGACUCAGCCGCAAGAUCCUCAAGAGGCCCUUGGACGAGCGCUACCAGCCUCCUGGGUCAUAUACAGGGGAGCUUCUUGGCAUGGAGUACCUUUACAGUCAGUCUGGUCGUUCGCUGACUGUAAUGGACAACCCAGAGGAAGAGGAUCGGCUGGUGGAGCUGAUGGAUGAUGAGGCGGUGCGCGAUGAAGGCUUUGUGGAGGAAGAACCCGAGGACCUGACCGUGCCCGUCCUCUUUGCUCCAGAACACAGCAGCGUCCAGCAGGCCUCCAGCCCCUCUUCCUCUGCACCGUCCACAUCCAGCCGAGGACAUCCAUGUCAGCUCCUCAACCAGAGUCCUCUGCCUCCUCCUGUGCCGUCUCCCCUGCAGCGCUCUGUCCAGUCCAGCCUCCUCUACAGCCUCCUCCUGUGCAGCGCCCUGCUGAUCCUCCUCUGCCUCCUCCUCUGCCUCCUCCCCUGCAGCGCCCUGUCCAGCCAACUGGAGCCUCUGGUCCUGCAGCAUCAGCUGGGUCCAGCGUUGCAGACCAGGCCCCUGUGA